AUGUCUGACAUGGUGAGGUUGGAGGCCCCGCCGCCAUCGCUCCGGCCCCCCCGCGGCCCACACGUGACCAGGGAGAACCCCGCGCUGCUUCCGCCCACCAAUCACAGCGCGCGAUCGCUCCUGGAUUUCCGCGUCCGGGCGCUGUUUAUUCCCAGUUCCGUCCCAGUGCUCCCAGUAAGAGCGGUCCUAGCACGGAAAGCGCUCCCAAUUCCUUCCGGGUUCUCUCAGGAUCGCUUCGAGUGCUCCCAGUAUUGGUUCCAGCACUGUGCAGGGCACGGCCACUUUGGAACCCCCCAGGGCAGAGCACGGCUGCUUUUCAGUGUCGGCACCGACCUGGGCCGGGCUGGGAGCGGAGGAGGGGGAGGAAGGAAAGAGGAGCGGGAAGAACAAGAAGGGGAAAGUCAGGAACAUGAGGAAGAGGAGCUGCAAGAGAAAGAGCAGCAGCAGAACCACUCGGCUCCCCCGCCCGCCCGCUCAGGCUGCAGUUCCCCCAACUCUGGCAGCAUCGCCCUGCCCCCCCGGAACCCACAGUGCACCAGCCAGAUGUCAUCACCCAGCAGGGCAGGAGGUGGAACUUGUUCGGCUGUUGACAAGUGGCCCGGAGGAUGUCCCCAUGGCUGCUUCUGGCACGGAGCAUCUGCACUCACCCUGGCACAGUGCUCACCAUCCUGGAUACCCUUGAGUCCCCGGCCUGGGACUGUGGAUUUCCUCUUCCAAGAGAUUCAGAGCUGGACCGGCUGCCAGGGGAUGCCGAUGGCACCAGAGCUCAGGCAUCUCAGGCCCCCCAGCUGUCACACUGGGGCGACUCCAGGAGCCACUGCAACCCCAGGCCCCUCGAGGGGUGACCUGUGGUGUCCCUCUGGUGUCACUGGCGAGUCCCCAGCAGAAGCAACAUCACCUCCUCAGCAGGAGGAAGACGAGAAGGAGGUGAGGAUGUGACUGAAACUCCUGCCCGUUCACAUGGGGAGGUCGCCACACGAACGGGGGCCAAGCACAGGUGGAGCAGCGGAGGUACCAUGGGGACUGGGGGGGGACAUGGGGACAGUCCCCAAGGUCCCCUCAGGGGAUGCUGUGGUGGGGGCGGGGGGGAGGGGGUGCAGGGUGGAGCAGCAUCUUCAGGGGGAUGUGGGGAGAUGGAAAUGGCUGGGAGUGACCCCAGAAAUGUUUUCACCACCUCCUCCUGUAACAUGUGGGCCGCCCCCUUCUUUGGGGUGCUGGUAACAAAUUGGCAGAUGGCGGUGACAAAAAGCGCAGGUGCCACCUCGGGGAUUGCACAGAGAGAGGGUCCUGCAGCAUGACCAAGACCCCCCUGACUGAGGGGCACCCCAGGGUGACAAAGGGGGGGGGGGGUCAGGGGUGUCCCCAAGGUGUGAGGGGAGCAGGUUUUAUGGGGAAGUGUGGUUGGGGCGCAACAGAAAUGCGUCCAGUCCUGCCGGUGUCCGGAGCACGAGGGGGACAUGGCACCUGUUACCCUGUCACUGUGUCCCCCUGUCUCCCAUCAUCCACUGUACCCCACUGUCCCUUUUGCUGGGCAGCAAGGGGUGGUGGCACUCCUGGAUGGGUGUCCAGGUGGAUCUGCACUCACCUGCUAUGGACAGAGUUGUCAAACGUGAUGUGGGGACACUGGGUUGCACUGUCAUUGGCAUUUCACUGUCAUUGUCACCAUCACUGUCAGUGCCACUGCCAUUUGUCACUGUUAUUGUCACUGUCACUGUCCUUAGCACUGUCACUGUCACCAUCACCAUCACUGUCAUAGCACUCACUGGCUGCUCCCCAGGGUCCGCAGAGGUACUGGGGAACAGCCAGGGGACAGAUGGAUAGAUGUGGGACAGAAGGACAUGAGUGAGACACCAGGAGAGACAUAAGGCACACAAAAGGGACAUGAGAAGAUACCAGAAGGACACUCAGGGGACACUGGGACACUUGCGGACACUCACAAUAUCACUGAAGGUGUAGCAGUCGGGGAUUUUCUGUUUUAGUAGCGUUUGGAUGUUGAUGGCCUUGAGCUGGAACUCCAUGAUGACACUGAUCAGCCUGAGGGGACAAAAAACACUACAAGAGGCCUCAAAAUCACUAAAAAAUAAAAUAGGAAAAAAUCCACCUCAAAAUCCCAAAGAAACCAAUGCAAAAGGGAAAACUCCGCCGCAAAAAAUCCCCAAAAAAGAGAACAAAUCUGCCCAUAAAUCCCCAAAAAACCCUGUGAGUUCCCCAAGUUCAAAAAAAAACCUGGAAAAGGAAAAAUUUGACCCCAAAAAUCCCCCAGAAAUUAAAAUUCCACCCCAAAAUCCUAAAAAAAAAAAAAGGAAAAUUUCCACCCCAAAAUCUCAAAAAAUCCAAUGCUAAUGGAAAAUUCCACCUGAAAUCCCCAAAAACCUCAGGAGUUCCCAAAAUAACAAAAAAAAAAAAACAUUCUAGAAAAGGAAAAAUUCUGCACCAAAAUCCCCCAGAAAACAUCAGGAAAGGGAAAACUUGGCCACAAAAUCCCCAAAAAUUACCCUGGGAAAGGGAAAAUUUCAUCCCAUAAUCCCACACAGGAAUUCGGAAAAAGGGGUCGCAAAUCCAACACUUGGAUUUUAGGGAUGGGAAACUUCCCUGGGUGGGACUUGUGGGAUUUACCUGUGGAAUUGGAGGGUGAAAUUGCUGUCAGUGCAAUCCAGCACCAGCAGCUGGGGGUCUCCAGGGUACACCCCCAGGCACUCUGUGGGCUUGGGACUGGGGUCAGGGAAUGCUGAGAGCCCAGAAACCCUGGGACUUCCCAAAUCCUGAAUCACAUAUACUCCAGGACCAUCCCAAACCUUGCACCUCAAACCCAAACCCCAAACCCCAAACCAAAACCCUACUCCUAAACCUCUUGGGACCAUCCCAAAUGCCUUUAGAGUAUCCCAAAUCUCAAAUCCCAACCCUAACUCUAAAACCCAAACCCCAAGUGUCCCCACCAGUGAUGACGCUGGAGGCAAUGUCGAAGGUGUCAUUACCAGGGUCAAUGUCCCCUGUGCGGAAGAAGUGCUGUGCCUGGUGCCAUCUCUGGUGACACCUGCAGUGCCAGCAUAGGGGUAGUGGCCCAGGGUCUUGUUGAGGACAGCCAGGUACUGUGGGGACAGGGAAACAGUGCUGGGGAUAGCACUGGGGCACCUCAGCGUCCUCAAAUCACACCAGUGUCCCAAAUCACCUCCAUAGGCUGAGGUCCUUCAUGUCCCCAGAUGACCACUGUGUCCCCAACUCUUCUAACCCCUUUCGGUUUCCGUGUGC